AUGAGUGUCGGACAGAGCAGCAACAACCUGUCGAACAACGCCGCGGCGGACGCCACCGUCAAGCAGGCUCUCGAGAUUGCUCGAGAGAGCCCGGACGGGGCGUCAGACCCGACCAUCAGCAGCAUUCUCGACGCGGCUCUCAACAAGACCUGGAGCAAGGUGCUCGCCCAGCCGGACACCUAUGUCAUGUCGCCGGACGAGUUUGCCGUCUUCAACUUCUUCCAGCAUCGGUUCGUCGGGAAUAAGAUGGCCGUCGCCGCACGAAAGCGAUACUGGGACAACACAAAGGCUUAA